GCCGAGCUGGCUCUUGCCUACCCUCCAACCGGAAUUGGCCCUUGUCUUAUUUCUAGUUCGCGUUUCCCUACAUCCACCAUGUACCGCGCCGCCAUCGUCUCCCGCCGCCUCGCUCUCUCUGCCAGCGUGAGCAGCAGCGCCCGCGCCUCCGUCAGCGUCGGCGCCCUGGCCACCGCCAGCCGCACCUACUCCACCGGCUCCACCCAGGACAUCGUCUUCGGUGAUGAGGCCCGCCACAAGAUGCUUGCCGGUGUCAACAAGCUGGCCGACGCCGUGGCCGUGACCCUCGGUCCCAAGGGCCGCAACGUCAUGAUUGCCCAGCCCUUCGGCGGCCCGCGCAUCACCAAGGAUGGUGUCUCCGUGGCCAAGUCCAUCAACCUCUCCGACAACCUGGAGAACCUCGGCGCCAGCCUCAUCAAGUCCGUCUCCUCCAAGACCAACGACCAGGCCGGUGAUGGUACCACCACUGCCACCGUCCUCGCUCGCGCCAUCUACAGCGAGGCCAACAAGUAUGUUGCCUCCGGUGUCAACCCGAUGGAGCUGCGCCGUGGUAUCACCGCCGCCGUCGACACCGUCGUCGAGAGCCUGCGCGGUCUCUCCAAGCCGGUGUCCUCCAAUGCCGAGGUCGCCCAGGUCGCCACCAUCUCCGCCAACGGCGACACCGAGAUCGGCAACCUCAUUGCCCAGGCCAUCGAGAAGGUCGGCGGCAACGGCGUCAUCACCGUCUCGGCUGGCAGCACCCUCAACGACACCCUGACCUUCACCGAGGGCAUGCGCCUUGACCGCGGUAUCACCAGCCACCACUUCGUCAACGAGAUGAGCACCUUCCGCGCUGCCUACGACGACGCCAACGUCUUCCUCUUCAGCACCAAGCUCAACACCGCCACCCAGAUCCUCCCCGUCCUGGAGCUCUCCCUCCGCCUGCGCAAGCCCCUGCUCAUCGUGGCCGAGGACUUCUCCGACGAGGCCAUGGCCACCCUGAUCGUCAACCGCAUUCGCAGCGGUCUGCCCCUGGUCCCGAUCAAGGCCCCGAGCUUCGGUGAGAACCGCGCUGCCAUCCUCGAGGAUGUGGCCAUCUCCACCGGUGCCAAGCUCUUCGGCCUCAACCCGGAGGACACCACCACCGACAUCACCGAGGCUGACUUCGGCCAUGUCAAGUCCUUCGUGGCCACCCGCGACCACACCACCCUCUUCAACGGCGGUGGCUCUGCCGAGGCCAUCGCCAAGCGCAUCAGCCUGAUCGAGUCGUCCAUCGAGCACACCAAGUCCUCCUACGAGCAGGAGAAGCUCCGCAGCCGUCUGGCCAGCCUUUCCGACGGUGUGGCCAUCAUCAAUGUCGGUGGUUCCUCCGAGAUUGAGGUCGGCGAGCGUCGUGACCGCUUUGCCGAUGCCCUGAACGCCACCCGCGCCGCCGUCCAGGAGGGCAUCGUCCCCGGUGGUGGUGUUGCCCUGCUCAACGCCUCCAAGGCCCUCGACUCCCUGAAGCUGGACUCCUUCGACCAGCAGCGUGGUGUCGAGAUCAUCAAGAAGGCCAUCCAGGCUCCGGCCCGCCGGAUCAUCGAGAACGCCGGCCUCGACAGCUCCCUCAUCGUCUCCACCAUCCUCAACCAGGCUGACCCGCACCACGGCUUCAACUCCGCCACCGGCGAGUACUGCAACAUGAUCGCCGCCGGUGUCAUCGACCCCACCAAGGUUGUCCGCACUGCCAUCAGCGACGCCUCCGGUGUUGCCUCCCUCAUGGCCACCACCGAGGCCAUCGUCGCCGACUCCCCCAACAAGGCCGGCGGUGCUGGCCCCAUGGGCGGCAUGGGUGGUAUGGGCGGCAUGGGCGGCAUGGGCGGCAUGGGCGGCAUGGGCGGCAUGAUGUAA